AUGCUCCGGGUGUCCUCGGCCUUCUCGAAUUCCGUCAUCUCGAGGCUGAGCACCACCGGGUCGGCGGCCACGCCUUUCAGGCCCAGCUGCGCCUCCUCCGCCAGCGAGGUGGCUGCGACAGCCAGCACGGCCUUCUCCCCCCCUCUUCAUCUCCGCGGCGGCGCACUCGAGCGCGUCGCACACCUCGCCAUUGCCCGCGGUGAACUCCAGCGCCCCGGGGGCGAAGCCAGGCAGGGCGGCGGAGCCGUCCGUGGCGGCCGCGACGGCGAGUUUCACACUCGAGCAAUCCUUCGGCUUGUCGUAGCCCUCGCCCUCCCCGACCUGCUUCUUCAUGACGGUCUUGUUUGCAAAGGACACGUCGGCGGCGUCGUAGACCUGCUUCAGCACGAGGGACACCGUGGCGCUGUCCAGCGUCUUGUCCCCGAGGGAGGGAGGCUUCCUCGCCCUUUUUCAUCUCCGUGA